AUGUCAGAGAUUGAAAUAUUAAAUAAAAGGGUUGAAUAUUUGGAUGAAGAACUUGAAACCUACAAAAAUCCUGGUACAAUCCCUUUGCGGCUUGUGCUUAAGUAUCCUUUGCGUCAUAAUUCACAGCCGGUUGAAGAUCCGGAGGCUGGUGAAGAGGAACUCGGCUCUCUGCUACCAAAAAGGAAAAAAAGAAAAACCAUGCCUUUUUCUCAACUUCUUACAAACGAAAAAUCUUUGCAAGAGUUGAGGGAAGCGGAAGAGAAGGCCGAAAGAGCAGCUAUUCAAAAAAGACUUGCACGUGAUGCUGAAAAAGCACAAAAACAAGAAGCGCAAAGACAAAAAAAAGAAGAAAAAGAACGGUUAAAGGCUGAAAAACAACAUACUAAAGGCACAAAGAAAAAAAAAAUUUAA